CUUUGUUUAUUUUUGCUCCUUAGAGGAAAUCCAAGAUCUCAGCCUCGCGCAAACUCCUUUUGAAGAGUUUGAUGCUGGCUAAGGCAAAAGAACAGUGGGAACAAGAGCAAGUGGACAAACAAGGAGAGAAGGAGAGAUAUUUGGCAGAGAGGGUCACACCUCUGCGGACGAGUGGACUUUCCUUAAGCCAGCUUCAGGACCUUUGCAGGGAGCUACAUGAGAAAGUAGAUAUUGUGGAUGAAGAACGCUAUGACAUUGAAGCAAAAUGUAACCAUAACACGCGGGAGAUUAAAGAUCUGAAAUUGAAAGUGCUUGACCUUCGGGGAAAAUUCAAACGGCCUCCAUUGCGGCGUGUCCGUGUUUCUGCUGACGCCAUGCUGAGGGCUCUGCUUGGGUCUAAGCACAAAGUUUCUAUGGACCUGAGAGCCAACCUCAAGUCUGUCAAGAAGGAGGACACAGAAAAGGAACGUCCGGUGGAGGUGGGAGACUGGCGUAAGAAUGUGGAGGCCAUGUCAGGAAUGGAGGGCCGGAAGAAGAUGUUUGAUGCUGCCAAAUCUCCAACAGGACAGUGAGCGAUCCUUUGCAGAAGGAUGAAGACUCUUUCCCACAGUUCCUGCAUCUCUUUCCCCUUCUUUUGCCCUUAUCUUGCCUCAUCUUCUUGCAUUAGUUUUAGAGUCACAACAGUUCUGGGUGUUAUUAAAAGAUUCCCAUGACUUUGCACUUCACACACUCUCAACUCUUCCUGAACCAGCGGAGCUAUCAAAGGAAAUGUGCAGCUUCUUGCUAGCACAAGCCCAUGGGAUGACUAUUGAGCUUCUCAUGCACUGCAACAUUCCCUCUGAGGCCAUAUUUUGCAGGAAAGGAGAUGGUAUGCCAACUGGGAGAAGAUGAAUGUAUGGAAGUGCAGAGGAUAAAUAAUUUUGGCUGGCCAUCCUAUGCAAGUCCUUUUAACCAUACAGAAGAGCUGUGCUGAUAGCAUGAGCUAGUCGUUGCAUAUAGUCAGGUCUGUUGGCCUCCCUUGAGAGAUGUUGCUAAGAACUUUGGCCUCUUCUUCCCAUCCAGACAGCCCAGUGAUCAACUCCAUGGUACUUCAGCCAUCUCCACAACAGUUCUGACAUGUACAGAUACAACCAUUGCUUCUCUCCAUUCAUUAAAAAACAGCAGCAAGGACAAACACACAGAA